UACCGUGGCCGCUUCUACCACGUGAGUAAAUGUCGGAGGCUCUUUUUGGAACGUAUCGUUCUUUAUUACGCAAGUUACUUUGCCGGGCGCCGAGAUUAAUUUUUAAAAACUGCACCAGAGGUUACUUUAAUCUCCAACGACGUUCCCGUUGGAAAAGUACCGGACAAAGUGAAAACCCUGGGAAAACUGCGCUCAGAUCCACGAAACGAACGAAGUCGAUGCAGAAUCCACGGAAGAGGAUUCUGGAUUCUGGCUUUUAUUCUUCUCUUUUCCUAAAAAAAAUCCUUCUACAAGAUCCGAGAACCAAUCAUCCAACUCACAAUCGACCCUAGGAGAGUACCGAAAUAUACGACCAAUAUCCGGGUGUCUCGGAUACCUAUCGGAAACCGUGCCGGCAGCAUCACAGAAAAAUCUCCUACGGUUCAAACAGUAAGAAAAUCAGAAAAACCACCAACAAAGCCAUAGAAACUCACAGAAAAUUGGGAAAUGUGGUCUUAUUAGCCCGUCCUUAAGACCAAAGACCAACGCUGGAUUCAACAGGGCAAUGUAAAACACAGUUGCGGGGGACGUGGAAGAAAUGGAGCCGAGCAAACUAAAAGAUAUUAUUCUGAAUGUGAAACACCCGUGUGUAGUGAAAAGUGCAACACUCCUGCCCUGGCCUUGUUUUCAACAGAGUUUUGCCGAGUGGUGUGAAGCCUUCGAUAAUGCGCGACCAAAGUUAGUACCGUUCGAAGGGUGUUCCACGAAGAACGGCGUCAACCCGCAGUGGGAACAUCGAAGGACGCAGAAGAUGAUGUUGAUGAGCGACAUUCGCAAACCAAAUAAGGAAGGACGAUGGGAUUCUUUCAGCUAUCGCAACAUCGCCGAACUGCCGACCGAGUGUCGGAAGGAUAUCAGUUUUGCAUGGUGCGGCUUUCCGGAGAUAGACGAAGACAUCACAUUCUGGAUCGGAUCAACAUUCGCACACACUCCUUGCCAUUACGAUACGUACGGAUGUAACAUUGUGGUGCAAGUUUAUGGUAGAAAAUCGUGGAUACUUUUACCACCGGAGGCAAAGCUUAAACCUGUGCGUGUGCCUUUUGAGGAGUCGAGUGUUUAUUGUUCGCAAAACUUCUACAGUCCACCAUCUUAUCGUGAUUUCGUGGAGGUGGAAAACGAGGUUUAUCAUGUGGUUCUAGAACCCGGAAUGACUUUAAUUGUUCCGCCGAGAUGGUGGCACUUUGUAGAGUGUUUGGAACCAUCCCUUAACUUCAAUACCUGGCUGCCUUUGUCGCACGACUUGGAAACACUGAUCUCGGAGUGUAUAACGAAGAUAUUGAUUCUUGAGACAUGUAAGGACCUACCAGCAGAAGUCCGGGCUCUUGCUCUCAACCCGAAUGAGGAAUCUGUUAUCACAGACGAUGCCCUAAAACAGACCUACGAUAUCUUGCAGUACCUGCAGAAUAAGAAACAGAAUGGAAAACGGCAGGAGUCAGAUAUACGAAGGUAUAAUUCUGAAUAUUUGUCAAGCGAUGCGCUGAAUGCACUUCUCGAAGAGUGUAGUGAAUUUGUUAUACCGGUUUCUGCUCUGGAAAGUUACAAUUUCUUUAAACUAAUGAAGCAAAACAGUUUGCGCUUUGACAACGAAGCAGACUAUCGGAUCACGGACGGUAUGCUAAACAAGUGCCAGAUUGAGCAGCUAGAAGAUUUACGAAGACAAAUCAAUUGCUGCUGUAGUCCAUCGAUAGUGCAACUUGUGAAGGAUGUUAUGUAAUAAAGGAUAUCACGUAAUU